UUUCCGAUUUGACACUUAGUUUGUGGGAGCCUUGGGGACGAUUUAGUUUUGCUCAACUCCAUGGAGUAACUUUGCUGCAAUGAGACUCACUGAUCCGAAAACUAAACCUUGACUUUUUAGAGUGCUCUUCCACUGAAUGGCAAAGCAAAUUACAUGGCAGCGAAUUCCUUGUCACCCGGCUACGACUCCUGUUCUGAGAACUCCAACCGGAGUUUCUCUGGAGAAAUAGACAACAGACAGCUUCUUGUUUUGGGAACUCUGCCGCGGAAAUACAAACAGCUUGUUUUGACCAGAUCAAACUCUUUGGCACAUACUUCAGAUUUUCAAAAUAGAACAAUGAUCGUUAUAAAUAAACAAGAUAAUGAAACCUUUGGAUUUGAGAUUCAGACCCUUGGGAUGAACCAGCAAAAUGCCAAUGCAGUGCAGAGGUACACUUACGUCUGCAAGGUCCAUGAUAACAGUCCAUCUCACUGUGCAGGGUUGAAAACUGGCGAUAUGCUAAUUAACAUCAAUGGAACAAACACUGAAGGUUUUUGUCACAGAGAAAUUGUCAACCUAAUUAAGUCAUCUGGCAAUACAUUAAGCCUUAUAACUAUCAAUAAAAACUCUGUUAGAAGAAGUGAACUUGAAGCAAGAUUAUAUUUUUUAAAGAAAACACUUCAAGAGAAAUGGGUGGAGUACAGGUCACUUAUGUUACAGGAGCAACGCCUCGUUCAUGGAUUCUUGAGGAACGUUGGGACAACAGAAUCUUCGGAAUCUUUUCUGUAUGAUGAUAUAGCAUUAUUUGGGUCAACUGCAAGAAACAAGGAAAGGUUUUCUAGUGACAGUAGCUGCAGGAGCCAGCUCAGCCUAAUGACUGAUGACAGUGAGGAUGGAGUCUUCCAGCCUGGAAUGUUUGAUGACUUGAUCAUUGGGAGCCACUGUAGGCGCAGAAGUAUGGAUGAAGAUUGUGUCUUCCACAGGGAUACAGAAGUAUUUACGCCCAAAAGCCAACUGAGCAGGAGCAGGAGCAUAAGUAUGACCAGCAGCGGGAGUGGUCAAAUGUCACCAUCAUGGGACUUGCACAGAGGCUGUGGGACAAUACCUCGAAAAAGCAAGAGACCAAGUGUUAGGAAGCGCCUCAUGAAGUUCAUUCCAGGUUUAAAUAGGGCAGUGGAAGAGGAUGAGAGUCACUUUUAGAUUUGCAUAUUAGUAAUGCAAUAGUGAUCCUGCUAGCUUCAAAACAGCAUUAAGGAGUAAUAAGAAACUGUGGCAUUAAAUCAUUAAAAUAUCUGUUACAGACUGGAUUUAUGUCCUUUAAGGAAGUUCAACAAAUCCUCUUAAAACAAAAAGUAUUAGAAUUUGGAUUCUCUUUGUUUUUUAUAAACCUUUAACCAGCAGAAAGGUUUAGUAAGCAAUAGUUGCACAUUUCAUAUAGAAAUGUGCUUCUCUAAGAUUAUGGCUUUAGAAGAAGUCAUACAUGAAAUGUUCUUAUUGUAAAUAUACAGUAAUGCCCUGUUAACAUCUAAUUGUCUUUAACAGUUUAGUCUCAUUGUUCAAGGUAUACAUAAAAAAGCAAGAUAAACAUGGGCAAUUUGCAAAUAUUCCUCCUUAAGUAACAAUUAAUUUCAGAACCUCCUUAAAACACUUCGAGGGAUCUCUGGAUUAAUUACCCUUAAAAAGUACAGGAUGGAUGGUCAGCUAAGUGACACAACUAAGCUGCAUACAUCAAUGUGCCUGAGGAUAACAGCAUGAAAAAUUGAUCUAGAUAUGUUUGGGUGAAUUGAAUGGCUUACAAAGAUAUCAAAAAUUCAAUUAAAACUUUGUACUGUAAGGAUAAUCCUGACAAUAUAUCAUUUGUAAUGUGUAUAAUCAGUGCUCUUAUUGAGCAAUAACUUCACAGAAGUUUCCAGAGGCACUGGGAGAGAACUAGAGUUUGCUUAGAGACAGAAGGUGCCUGAACCAUUACAGAUGCAUUGAUGGCUAUCUGCUUCAUCCAGACAGGAUAUCCUGUUCUUAGUUAUCAACAGAACAUUGUAGGCGAGAAAUUGGAUUCAUAAAAAAAACAUGGUCUGAUUUGCAUGCAUAAUACAUUCAUAAAAAUCAUUCUGCAUGUCUCAAAGUUUCUGUGCCUUUUUCAGGUGGAAGUCCUGGCCAUUGUGAUAUUGGACUAGGUACUUCCUGUUGCAAUUCACCCUAGCACUGGUUAGUUUCUCAUUAGUAUUUUGUGCUUAAGAUAAUGUCGUCAAUGUACAUUUUUGACUUAUUGGCAGAAAAUCGAUCAAUAUGUUGUGACCUUCAACCCUUGCUAAUCACUCACAGUGAAACAAAAAGCAAAGCAAACAACAAAAUGGGAACCAGGUGUAAUUUAGAAAAUCCUACUGAAACACUGAUUUGUCAUCAAUGAGUCCUCAAUACUGAUUCCAUCUUUUUGCCUGUAUUUGGACACCAUCACUGAUAAACAUCAUUGCAUCUGUGCACUUGAGUGCAAGAUGCUGCUAUCUGUGACCCCAGUGAUCACUGUGGUAGUGGCCCCAGCACAUUGAGCACAAAUGGGCUGUUCCUGAGCUUGGGGGCCCCAUCACACAUAUAUAGGCACUCUUUAACCCCACCUUCUGAAUUUCCUCCUCCCUUACUCUAUUCCCCCUGUUUUGUGUAUAAGUGUGCCAUUUGGUCUGACUUUUGAUACAUUGUUGUACCAAACAUUGCCAUUGGUUGAAAGUUUA